AUGAAGAAAAAACUGGAGCUGGACGAAAAAAUGUGGAAGGAGCAACGAAACGCAAACAAAGUUCAGCAGGAACGUGACCAACAGCUUCGCACUCCAGAACUGAAGGAGCGCCGAGCUGCGCGUCGUCGUGAUAUGUUUAUGUCACUGGUGGCAGCACAGAAGACUCCGGAUGAAAUCAAGACGCUUAUGGACCUCUAUCAAACUGGACUGUAG